AGUUGUGUAACACUUCUUCCUGCCUUGCGUUCAUUCCUUGAAAAUAUAGCAGCUUCCUUCCCGGCCCGACCGUACUCCCCGGCACAUUUUCAGAGGAAAAAGCAAGAUGAGUAGGUUGGUGAAAACCCUCCGCACGGAAGAAGAAUUGAAAAAUAAGUUGAAGUCCCCCGAAAAGCUGGUGGUGCUGGAGUUCGUGAAACCGGGCAACCAGGUUUGCGUGUACGUGCAGCCGGAACGGGAGAAAAUAGCCGAAGACCUGAAAGAAAAAGCCGAUUUCUUCGAGCUCGACGUCGACGAGUUCAAGAAAUAUGCGGAGAAGUUACAAGUGGAGGCGCUGCCGGCGUUCGUGGUGAUGCAGAAUUUCGUUAAGAAGCGCCAUGUGGUUGGGACCGACGACCUCAAGAAAGCCAUCGAUGAGGUCCACGCUACAUUCGGAAGGAAAACGCAAGAUGAGACCGCUCCCAAGGACCCUGCAGAAAGGAAAACGCAAGAUGAGUCCGCUCCUAAGGACCCUGAACCAGAACAAACCACACCGGGCUCUGGUUCUGUACAACGUCCCGAACCUUCCUCUCGCGAAAAUACUACGGUCAAACAACUGCACGAGGUAGAUAAUAAUACCAAAUUUUCCCAUCUAGUGACCAAUGGUAAAAAUAGAAAGAUAAGAAUAUAUAAGUUGGAACAAGACGAUGGAACCAUAAUUGGAGAGGCCAAUCUAAAAAUAUAUAUCACAAAGUAUUAUAAAGGCCUUUUUGCAAAUCGGAGCAUAAUAAUUUUGCGAUGAAUGAAUCAAUAAUCAGUGAUAUUUCUCAAGUAAAUGAAAGCGAAAAUGAGAUCCUUACCACCCUUGUUGGAGAGGAGGAGGUGACGAGGGAAAAUUUUCAAAUGGAGCAUAAUAAAUCUUCAGGCCCCGAUAGCUUUCCUGCUGAAUUUUACCAAGUGUUUUGGAAAAUUAUCAAAGACGAUCUCAUGGCCUUAUUCAAGGACUUUCACCGAGGGCAAUUAUCUAUUUUCAGUAUAAACUUCAGUAUCAUUACCCUGUUUCCUAAAAAGAGUAAUGCACUGAAGAUUGAAGAAUAUCGUCCGAUAUACCUCCUUAAUGUCAGCUUUAAAAUUGAUUUCGAGAAAGCUUAUGACAAGGUUAAAUGGCGCUACUAAACAAUGUGAAGUCAAGUAUAUACAAUUAUUUGAAUAUGUUAUUGAAUUUUUGCUUAUGACAAGGUUAAAUGGAGCUGUUCCCACUCAAGAUCAAGGUUUUCUUAUGGUACUUAUAUAGAGGUGUUAUUUUGACUAAGGAUAAUUUGGCAAAAAAAAUAGGAAGGGUAGCUUAAAAUGUUGCUUUUGCAACCAAAACAAAAGCACUCAACAUUUGUUUUUUAUUGUUAUUUUGCUAGGUCCAUUUGGCAUAUAAUCACUAUUCCCUUGGGAAUCUAAAAACCUAGAUGUAUGGGCCAUCUAAUGGGAAAUUGUCUAAGAACCGGGGGGCUACUAAAUCAGGACUUCUUGUAGGAGUGGCUGUUAUUUUUUUGUCUAUAUGGUUUUGUCAUAAUGAUAUUGUCUU